AUGGCCGAAGCAGUUCUCUUCAACACUGCCGCGGGCAUGGCGAAGAGCUUGGGCUCUCUAGCUCUGCAAGAGAUUGCACUCCUCUGGGGUGCCAAAGAUGAGCUUGUAAAGCUCAGGAACACGGUCUCCACCAUCCAGUCUGUGCUCUUGGAUGCGGAGGAGCAGCAGGCCAAGAACCAUGCAGUUAAAGAUUGGCUUGGAAAGCUCAAGGAUGCCAUGUACGAUGCCGACGACCUGAUCGAUGACUUCUCCGUGGAAGUUCUACGUCGGGAAGUGAUUACACGGGAUAAGAAGGCAAAACAGGUACGCAUCUUCUUUUCCAAAUCCAAUCAGCUUGCGCAUGGCCUUAAAAUGGGUCAUAGGCUCAAGGCAGUUAGGGUGAGACUAGAUGCCAUUGCAGCUGAUAGGAUCAAGUUUCACUUUACUGACCGAUCUGUGGAGACGCGGUUUGUUGAGACUAGGGAGAGAGAACACACGCACUCUUAUGUGCAUGAGGAAGAAGUCAUUGGGAGAGAAGAUGAAAAGAAGGAUGUUAUAGAGCUUUUACUGAAUUUUGAUUUGAAAGAGAAUGUUUCCAUCAUUCCCAUAGUUGGGAUCGGUGGAAUAGGGAAGACUACACUUGCUCAAUAUGUGUAUGGUGAGGAGGAGGUUAAAAGACACUUUGAUCUCAAAAUGUGGGUGUGUGUCUCUGAAGCUUUUGAUGUCAAAACUAUUGUUGAAAAGAUCAUAGAAUCUGCAACUAAAAGGAGACCUGAAAGCCUUGAGAUGGAUUCACUGCAACAUCGGCUUCGAGCAGAAGUUGAAGGGAAGAGAUAUUUACUUGUUUUAGAUGAUGUAUGGAAUGAGAAUCGUGAUAGAUGGUUGAGCUUGAAAAAACUGCUAGUAGGGGGCAUGAGGGGAAGCAAAAUUUUGAUUACUACACGUAGCACAAUAGUUGCAGAGAUUACCGGCACAGUAUCACCAUAUCUUUUGAGAGGUCUAUCUGAUAAUAAUUCUUGGUCUUUAUUUGAGAAAAUGGCAUUCAAAGACGGGGAAGGGCCUAGGAAUCCAAACCUAGUGGAAAUUGGAAAGGAGAUUUUACAAAAGUGUGUGCAAGUUCCUCUUGCUAUAAGGACUAUAGGAAGUCUAUUAUAUUUCAAAAAUUCAGAAGUUGAUUGGUUGUACUUUAAAAACAAUGAACUUUUCAAAAUACUUCAGCAAGCUGAGAAUGAUAUUUUACCAAUACUUAAGUUGAGUUAUGAUCAUCUCCCGUACCACUUGAAGCAGUGUUUUGCCUUUUGUUCAUUGUUUCCAAAAGAUCAUGAAAUUGAAGUGGUGAUGUUGAUUAGGCUGUGGAUAGCUCAUGGCUUUGUUCACUCAUCAGAUAAAAACAAAUGUCUUGAAGAUGUCGGCCGCGAGCAUUUUAUGCAUUUACUUUGGAGGUCGUUUUUCCAAGACGUAAAAAGAAAUAUGUAUGGUGCUAUCAUAAGAUGCAAAAUGCAUGACCUUAAUCAUGAUUUGGCACAGUUGGUAGCAGGGGAGGAGUACACAACUGGACAUCCAGAGGCAGAAAAUAUAGAUGAAAGGACUCGUUAUGUGGCAUUUGAUUCUUUAGAUUCAUUAUGGGAUAUUCCAGCUCCCUUGCUCAAAGCUAACAAAAUGAGAACAUUUCUUUUGCCAUGUCAAUCAUGGCAUUCUUCUCUAUGGAAUACGCCAGUUCAGGAGACACUUGAGCAGGAUAAGCCAGUCUAUGAUACACUUAUUUCAAGUUUUAAAUGCUUGCGUGUUCUGAAUUUGAGUCACUCGGAUAUUCAAAGAGUGCCGAAUUCCAUUGGCAAGUUAAAGCAUCUACGAUAUCUUGAUCUUUCUUGGAAUGAUGGCAUCAAACGACUCCCCACUUCUAUAACUCAAUUGUGGCAUUUGCAAACACUAAGACUUGACUUUUGUAGAGGGCUUCAGGAAUUGCCAGAAGACACUAGAAACCUGAUCAGUCUUAGGCACCUGGAGGUUUAUGAAUGUAAGAGCUUGACUCAUAUGCCAUCUGGAUUGGGAAAGUUGACAUCUCUUCAGACACUGUCUUCAUACGUAUUGGGGAAGAAAAAAGGUUCUGUUACCAAGCAAAAGGGUGGGCUAGGCGAUUUGGAUGGGUUAAAUAACUUGAGAGGAAGAUUACGUAUCAAGGGUUUAGAGCACUUAAGAUCUUCUACAGUAGAAGUUGAGGCUGCAAACUUGAAGAAAAAACAAUUCCUUGAAACCCUGGAAUUAGAAUGGGAACUAGAAGCUAGUGUUGAUAGUGAUAUGGCAAUUGUAAAUGAUGAAUUGCUAUUGGAAAACCUCCAACCACACCCAAAUGUGAGCGGACUACUUAUAUUUGGGUAUGCAGGUAUGAGAUUAUCUAGCUGGGUACCCUUGCUCCCAAAUUUGGUUCAAAUUACUUUAGUGAACUGUAAAUGGUGUGAACAUAUCCCACCAUUGGAUCAUCUCCCUUUUCUCCAGUCUCUCCGUCUUGAUGGGUUAAGUUCACUGGAAUACAUAAGCCAUGACUAUAGUGGCUAUUGUUAUUCUUCCCUAGAAAGACUCGACCUACGAAACCUACCUAAUUUGAGGGGAUGGUGGAGGGCGGGGGAAUUAGUAACAGCAGAGUAUAAGCAACCUCAUCAUCUUCUAUUACUUCCAUCAUUUCCUUGCCUUCGUCAGUUUUUAAUCUCUGAUUGCCCUAAGAUAUCCACAAUAUCCGUCAUGAUGACCACACCAGCACCAAGGAGCAAAAUGGCACCCUCUUCUUCGUCUUCCUUUUCCACUCUCCCAAAAUUGACUUACCUUUCUAUUAUGAGAAUGGAGAAACUAGAAUCUCUGUCUGGAGAGUGGCUGCGAAACCUCACUUCUCUUGAGAAUCUUUCUAUUUCGAUGUGUCCUAAACUAGGAAUAUCCUUGUCUCUACUCAUUCAAUAUCUUCCUGCAGUUGAAUUUAUGUCCAUUAGCGAUUGCAAGGAACUUCAUGUUAUCAAUAAUGAGGAUGAAGAUGGUGUGCACUGGCUUAGACCCAAAAGACUUGGUUGUCUAAUUAUAGAAAAUGUUCCAAACUUGGUGUCUCUCCCAAGGGGGCUUAAACAUGCCACCACUCUGUACCAACUUGACAUUACGAACUGCCCCAAUUUGAUGUCUUUACCAGAGUGGAUAGGCAACCUCAAAUCUCUCCAGACACUUCGAAUUAUCAAAUGCCCCAAUCUAAUAUCAUUGCCUGAAGGGAUGUGCCGUCUUACCUCUUUAUGUUAUUUGACAAUUGUAGAGUGUCCGCACUUAGAGGAAAGAUGUGAAUAUGAAACAGGUGAGGAUUGGCCAAAGAUUUCUCAUGUUCCAUACUUUUGGAAUCAGCUAUAG